CGCGAUGCAUCCUCCCUUCCUCCUUUCCCCGCACCUGCUCCUCGAAAGGCCUCGCAAUCAUGGGCCGCAUCAGACACAAACGCACGCACCACGCUCGCCGUGACGUCUCUCGUGCGGCUCGCACGCGCGCCCGCAAGCUUGAUCAGGACCAAGUUCAUUCAAACCUCUCUGACCCCACGAAACGCUCCGCGCUCGAGAACCCACAAGACUUGGACAUGGAGGUAGCCGGAUUGGGAGCCUACUACUGUAUUCCUUGCGAUCGCCAUUUCCCCUCCGACGAGGCGAGGGAGGUACACAGGAGGAGCAAGCUGCACAAGCGCGUAGAGAAGAAGGUCAAGGAGGAAGAGCCGUACACGGGGGCAGAGGCGUAUAGGGCUGCCGGGAUCGGGAUCGAUAAUCGACAGAGGACGGCAAAAAAUGAGGGGGACAAGCCGCAGCUCAAGGAGGGAGAGCAGAAGUCGGAGAUGGCCCAGGAUGACAGCGUCGACAGCAAGACGCUGCAGCGCAGGGUGUCGGCGAGGAGGAGUGGGGGAACGACGGCAUAGUCAGCGCGCCUUACGGCUGCCCUGCCCUUACCCAGCGACUCUUAAGCCGCGUCGCAUCACUUCAUGCCUCGACGUCAACAGUCAAAGGCUGGCGAGCUUUCCUCCAUCAGCCACGCAUCCAGCUCAUCGCAAUGCGAGCUGGCAACUCAGCUCGACACCGACGAAUGAUCGCAAAAGAUGUAGGGCCAGCACGGGCAAUGCUCUCUUUCCAUGGCCCUGAGUGUAUCGUCGCGCUCAUUUCACCACAGCAGGAGCUAUCAUUUGCGCCUGGCUCGUUCUCCUUUCGUGUCUUUAAGUUCACACUGUUGUACAAUACCACUUAGCAUUGACGAGACAUACAAGCCCUGGAUUGCUUUGCUCUGCA